AUCUAAUAUCAACAACUAGGUUAUGAACAUUAUACAAUUGUCAAAAAAACUCGUCUGGUUGAAAACAAAUACCAUCGUGUAUCAGAUACCCGGCAAAAUUCAGGUGGUACCGUGUAGACAGAACAUCAAUGGCUAAGUACCUUGCACAAAUUAUCGUUCUGGGUGCUCAGGCAGUGGGACGCGCUUUCACCAAGGCGCUCAGGCAGGAGAUUGCCGCAUCCCAGGAAGCCGCACGUCGAGCAGGUGGCGGCAAGCAAGGCGACAAGACCGCAGAGUCCAACCUGCGCACAGGCAUGACGGUUGAGGAGGCCAAGCAGAUCUUGAAUAUUGAAGACCUUAAGAACGUGGACAGCAUUAUCAAGAACUACGAGCAUCUGUUUAGUGUGAAUGAGCGCGGUAAAGGCGGUUCCUUUUAUCUCCAGUCAAAGGUCUUCCGGGCCAAAGAGCGGCUGGACGACGAACUGAAAGCCCAGCGGCCGCAGCCACCGAAAGAAGAGCCCGCGGCGUCGACAGAGGCGGAAGCGCCGCCAAGAAGGGGGCGGACAGUACGCUAAUUCCUGAUGUACCUCCAAACGAAAAUAAUUAGCUAAUAAUUGAUUUAUGAAAUAUGUGUUAAGUAAGAGGUCGGACCACCUGUGUGUGUUGCUGUAAAUAGAUUUGUAUGAACAAA